GGUGCAUCUGAUGAACCUUUUCCACCUCUGCAGCAACUCAAUAAGGUUAGGGCUUGUUUACUGCUGACUGAUUGACAUCUCAGCCAUGGCCACUGUUACCUAUCCUUCAUUGGUGCCUACAACCUUGGACCCUGGGAACACAUCCUCAGCCUGGCCUCUGGACACCACCCUGGGGAAUGCAUCUGCUGGCACUAGCCUGGCGGGCCUGGCUGUCAGUGGCAUCUUGAUCUCUCUGGUGUAUCUGGUGGUGUGUGUGGUGGGUCUGUUGGGCAAUUCGCUGGUGAUCUACGUGGUACUGCGCCACACUUCCAGCCCAUCAGUGACCAGUGUCUAUAUCCUCAAUCUGGCACUGGCCGACGAGCUCUUCAUGCUGGGGCUACCCUUCCUGGCUGCUCAGAACGCCCUGUCCUACUGGCCCUUUGGAUCUCUCAUGUGUCGACUGGUCAUGGCCGUGGAUGGCAUCAACCAGUUCACCAGCAUCUUCUGCCUCACCGUCAUGAGUGUGGACCGCUACCUGGCUGUGGUGCACCCCACACGCUCGGCCCGUUGGCGCACAGCACCUGUGGCUCGCACGGUCAGUGCAGCUGUCUGGGUAGCCUCAGCUGUGGUGGUGCUGCCUGUGGUUGUUUUCUCAGGAGUGCCCCGGGGCAUGAGCACGUGUCACAUGCAGUGGCCAGAGCCAGCGGCUGCCUGGCGCACGGCCUUCAUCAUCUACACGGCCGCAUUAGGCUUUUUUGGGCCCCUGCUGGUCAUCUGCUUAUGCUACCUGCUGAUUGUGGUGAAGGUGCGGUCGACCACACGGCGGGUGCGGGCGCCCUCGUGCCAGUGGGUACAGGCACCUGCAUGCCAGCGGCGGCGGCGCUCUGAGCGCAGGGUCACACGCAUGGUGGUGGCCGUGGUGGCACUCUUCGUCCUCUGCUGGAUGCCUUUCUAUUUGCUCAACAUCGUUAAUGUGGUGUGCCCGCUACCGGAGGAGCCCGCCUUCUUUGGCCUCUACUUCCUGGUGGUGGCGCUGCCCUACGCCAACAGCUGCGCAAACCCCAUCCUCUACGGCUUCCUCUCUUACCGCUUCAAGCAGGGCUUCCGCAGGAUCCUGCUAAGACCAUCGCGUCGAGUACGGAGCCAGGAGCCAGGGUCGGGCCCUCCAGAGAAGACGGAGGAGGAGGAGGAUGAAGAGGAAGAAGAGAGAAGAGAAGAAGAGGAGCGGAGGAUGCAGAGAAGGCAGGAGAUGAAUGGGAGGGUCAGUCAGAUCGCACAGUCCAGCACUAGUGGACAACAGCAACGGCCCUGCACAGGCACUGCCAAGGAACAGGAGCUCCUUCCCCAGGAGGCCACAGCUGGGGACAAGGCCAGCACACUGAGCCAUCUGUAAGGACCGUCAAAGAGCCAGCAUGGUUCAGAAGAGAGCAGAAGCUGUGCUUGACCUAGGGGCACGAA